UGAGUAGCUGUCGAGGAGUUGGUCCUUGGUACUGAAGUGUGGAGUUUGGAGUCUGACCUGCACUCAGAUAAACAGAGCUGAAGCUCAGACAGCGUCCUCUCUGUGUCUUUGUCUCUUUCUGUCUCCCUCUCCCUGCUCCUGUGUGUCUCUCCGUCCGUCACCAUGCGGAGACUGCUGGUGUUUCUGCUCGGCUUGGCCUCCUGCUUCACAGCCUUCUGUCACGGUGCGAGUGCAGGCCCACAGCUGGAUGCCGGGCGUCUUUACAGAUUCAGCUACACAACACAGCUCAGCGUCAGGCGACCCCAAGGCCCGAGCCGAGGAAACAUCGGGUUUCAGAUCUCCAGCGAUGUGGACAUCAGCCUGGCCUGGAGGAACCCGGAGAACCACGACGAGCAGUUGCUCAGAGCCCAGAUCUCUAACGUUCAGAUCCAAAACGUCGCCAAGCGCUCGCGCAAAAACAACAUCUUCCAUAACACCCCCGCCAAGGGAAUUCUGGGUAGAGAAAAGAGUGAGGCGCUGCAGAGACCCUUCAUGAUACUCUGGAAGAUGGGCAAGGUGAGGAGUCUUUAUACACACAAGGCGGAACCUGCGACCAUCAAGAACCUGAAAAGGGGCGUGGCUAGUAUGCUGAUGAUGCAGCUGAAGUCUGGAAAGAUGAUGGAGGCUGAUGCAUCAGGAAAGUGUCUGGUUGAGUAUAAGGUUUCUAAAGAUCAGGUGAUCCGCACAAAGCACACAGAGAGCUGCAAAACUCAGGAGACGGGAUUCAGUACUCACAGUCAGGUGCUGGGUGUAGGUGCGACGUCGAGCUCAGUGACACACAUCACUCUACAAGGCAACUUCAUCAAAUCUGCUGUUACCAAGGAAACGCACAUUCUGUCAGUCAACGCUCGCCACACCACCGCUGCCCGAGUGCUGUCCGAGCAAGCGCUCACUCUGCUCACGGUGACAGACGGACCUGCGGAAGUGUCCGGUAAAGACCCAGCGAGCGCGGUGAAGAGUCUGGACCCCAAGCUGGUGUCUGUGGGCGUGAUGACGGAGAAAAGCAGCAUCCGCUGUCCAUCGUGUCCGACUCUGAUGGACACAUGGAAGGCAGUGCGUUCUCAGUUGGAACCAAAGUCUCUGGCUAAAGCUUCAGCUCCUCGCAGUUUCCUGUCUCUGAUCCACAGCCUGCGCUCGUCCAGCAAAGACCAGAUCCUGAGUGUACUGCACAACUGCAGCAAGACCGCUCUUCCUCAGCUGGUGGACGCAGUGACCUCGGCCCAGACUCCUGCCUCCCUGUCAGCCAUGUUGGAGUUCCUGGACUUCAGUAACACAAAAAGUGAGAGUGUGUUACUGCAGGAGCGCUUCCUCUACGCAUGUGGCUUCUCUUCUCAUCCCACUGAGAGCAUGCUGCAGGCCCUGCUAGACAUCUCUAACAACAAGAUCGGCAGCACAGAAAUUAAGGAGUCAGUUGUGAUCAUCAUGGGAGCUUUGGUGAGAAAACUGUGUCAGAAAGGAGCAUGUGAGCUACCGGUAGUAGUUAAGGUGAAGCAGCUGAUCCUCACUGGACCAGAGAGUGUUCAGGAUGAGGCCCAGGUUCAGAUGUAUUUGCUGGCCUUGAAGAACGCUCUCCUGCCCGAGGCCAUUCCACUGCUCACUCGAUUCGCUGAGUCUGAAACCGGAGCACUGAGCACCAUCGCCAUCACCACUCUGCAGAGAUACGAUCCUCAGCUCAUCACACACGAGGUGAAGCAGGCGCUGAAUCGCAUAUACCAUCAGAACCGUCGUGUUUAUGAGAAGAACGUCCGUGCUGUGGCGGCUGAUGUGAUCCUGAGCAGUGAUCCAUCAUAUGAGGAGGUGAAGAACCUCCUGCUCUCCAUCGGCCACCUGCCUCACGAGAUGAACAAAUACAUGCUGUCUAAAGUGGAGGACGUCCUGCGCUUCAACAUGCCUUCAAGUAACAUAGUACAUCAAGUCUUAAAGGACACCAUCGCACAGAACUAUGACCGUUUCUCAAAGAUGGGAUCCUCAUCUGCCUACUCCGGAUACAUGACACGGGACGCCGAUGUGACCACCACCUACAGCUUGGACAUUCUGUACUCGGGUUCAGGAAUCCUCAGAAGGAGCAACAUGAACAUUUAUGGCCAGAGCAACGGCGCCCUCCUGCACGGCCUUCAGGUGGCCAUUGAGGCUCAGGGUCUGGAGUCUCUGAUCGCAGCGACAGCUGAUGAAGGUGAGGAGGAUCUGGAGUCGUUUGCUGGAAUGUCGGCACUGCUCCUGGACGUUCAGCUCCGGCCCGUGACUUUCUUCAAAGGCUACAGUGACCUGAUGUCCAAGAUAUUCUCGUUGUCUGGAGACCCCAUGCAUGUGGUGAAGGGUCUCAUCCUGCUCACUGACCACUCUCAGGUGAUCCCUCUGCAAUCUGGUCUGCGGGCCGCUGUCGAGUUCCAGGGCGGUUUGGCCAUCGAUAUCUCCGGAGGAAUGGAGUUCAGCCUUUGGUACCGGGAAUCCAAGACUAGCGUCAACAACCGGGGCGCUCUGGCCGUCGUGGGCAACGUGACUGUGGAUGCGGACUUCCUGAGCGUGGGGAUGGAGGUGAGCUUUGAGACGGAGGCGGCGCUGGACUUCAUCACCACCGUUCAAUUCUCUGAGUACCCCUUCCUGGUGUGCAUGCAGAUGGACAAGACCACGUUCCCCUUCAGGGAGGCAGUGUAUAAAAUGGAGAAGGUGUCCUCCGGAGAAGCGUACUCCUGGCGGAAGAGCCGUGAGCAGAUCAUUCCCGGCUCCGAGUUCCCUCUUCAUCAGGAAAACUCCAACAUGUGUAAGAAAGUGUUUGACAGCAGCUGGUAGACCUGAGGACUGAACUCCAGGCUAACAGCAUGGGUCACUUUAGCUAUGUUUAAACAUAAAAAAUACCUGUGACUGUACCAUGUUUUUUUUUUUUAAUGAACCUUUAUCAUGCUAAGCUAGGGUGCUAAUAUUUUUAGCAAGCCAGGCUUUGUGUUCGGUCUAUAAGGACUUCAUUUUAAGAGUCUUUAGUGCAAGUUUGAUGUCAUUUUUAUUUUUAUUUUCUUUAAUUGUAGUGAAAUAAUUCAGCACAAAAUACCAUUGGGGAGCAUAGCAUAAAAGGCUAAACAGAGACAAGAGCUAGCAUCUAGCAUAAGUUUAUAAAACUCCCAAUCAAAAGAAUUUUAAAAUAUUUAAUUAGACUUAGCUAAAUGGAGAACAAGGCUAACAAUUAGCACAAUAUUUUCUAAUUUAAAAAAAAAUGAAAACCUCAAAAAAAAAAAUGCUAAUUAGCUUGAAAGGACAAGUUAGCAUAAGCGAUGCUAGCAUAACCUAAGCCAGUUCAAAGAACUAGCUCAACAAACUUAACUAUAAAUAGAUAUAAUGUAAAUAUAAUCAAAUGCAGGUAGCAUAAUGCUUGUGCUAGAUUUAGCUAUGCAACUUUUUAGCAUAAUACCUUUGCUAGAUUUAGCUACGCUGUUAGCAGGAUUUUGUCUGAAUUAUCUUCAUGGCAAGAUAAUAAAAGUUAGCGUAUGUUUCUGUCUCCUGAAGUUUACACUGGUAAAGAUUAAUAAUUAGCAUAGCUUCAGUCACUGAGAGUGAGCUAACAUUAGCCACUUGUUUUAGCCUCUAGCUAAAAUGGCUAAUGCAGUCAGACCUGGUGUGGUGCUAUGUUUACGUUUAUAAUGUCUUCUAACGCAUUUAUGAGUUAUUUAUUUGAUCUAAACGCUUAGCGAGCGCCUCAGGAAAAAAACACUUUCUGUCCAUUCCAACAACCAGAUGUUUACACACAUUAUUUUUUUGACAAAAGAGUGAUUAAUGAGUGAAACAUCCUGCAGCUGGAUUGUGAAACGUCUUUCACCUUUUUUUUUUUUUGUAUGGUUGUAAAUAAUCUUCAGGAAAAUAAAACCAUGAUUUUAAACUUUU